UUGAGUUCAAACAACGAGACGUCCUCUGAACAGUGCCGUAAUGGAAUAAGUCACAGUCACGUUUCUAUCGCAGUGUAUGUUUUCUCUCUUUUAGGGUCCCUAAUAGGAAACUUCCUUUUGAUCGUCGCUUCUGCAAGGAUAAAAGAAAAACGGCUACUCUUGAUCACUAACAUGGCUGCAUCCGACCUACUUGUGGCGAUCUUUUUACUUCCUCGCUUUAUUAAAAUAGAAAUCACCGGGUCCAAUGCUUUCCUCGUUCACGGAACUGCAGGCACAAUUCUUUGCAAAAUGUGUAAUUUCCUCAGCGAUAUGUCGUUAUCUGUUUCAACCCUGAGCUUAGUCAUGAUCGCCGUUGAGCGCUUCCUUGCAGUUGCAUAUCCUCUUGUCUAUAGAUCUACCUCCUCCAAGAGGUGCCGCAUUUUCGUCGCUUCAACUUGGGCCUUGGCCGCAGCGUUUCACUCACCAUAUUUUUAUACUUCUCGGCUGGUCAGAGUUGUUGGCAAUCAAAGUCAUGAUAUUGAAGUAUGUCAACAGAGCUGGGAACCAGCUUUCAAUGACAGAUUAGCACAUCGUCGUUACGGCAUCUUUCUAUAUACGACCGUGUUGAUUCUGCCAUUGCUUCUUAUUUCCGGUUUGUACAUUUUUAUCGCUUUCCAUGCUCGGAAUGACAAAAUGUUGACGUGUCGAAGUGAAAGGGGAACGAAACAGAGACGGGAUUGCACUCGAAAUCUUCUUAGGAUGGCCAUCGCCACUAUCAUUUCCUUUCUCGUCUGUUGGACGUUGAAAAUUGUGAUAAGUUUUAUAGACCUUAUUUCACCUUGGGUGGAUCCUAAUUGUAACAAAAGCUUCAUGGCAGUUUCUUACAUCGCAGAUUUAUUGGCAAGUUGUUAUUGUGCAGUUAAUCCAUGGCUCUGCUUUUUAUUCAUUCCAAGAUUUUUCUGUGAAUUAAGAGUAAUGACGGGUAAAAGAAAUAUUAGAUAUUCUAGAGCAGAGGGUAUAAAAAUGAAGAGGUUGCGAGGG